GCGAAAAUGGAAUUAGUUAGCAACAAAUGGUUCAUUUUUGCUCUGUUAAUCUCCUCUUUAUUCAUAAUUUCCUUUCUUAAUUCAACUUCUUUUUUUCUCCAAGUUACAUCAUCAGUACGAGCUUCAUCAAUAUCAUUCGUCGAAUCAAAACUACAUACGUCUCCACUUCGAUCCAAUUCAACAAUACCGCGAUUGGCGUAUUUGAUAUCUGGUUCAAUUGGUGAUGGAGAGAGGAUAAAGAGGACAUUGAAGGCGUUGUAUCAUCCGUUAAAUCAGUACGUAUUGCAUUUGGAUCUCGAGACCUCUGAUGAAGAGAGAAAUGAACUGGUGAAAUUUGUGAAGAAAGAGAGUUUGUUUGUGAAUGUGAAGGUAAUUAAGAAAUCUAAUUUGGUUACUUAUAGAGGUCCUACUAUGGUGAGCAAUACACUUCAUGCUGCUGCUAUUUUGGUGAAGGAAGGUGGUGAAUGGGAUUGGUUUAUCAAUUUGAGUGCUUCUGAUUAUCCUUUAGUAACACAAGAUGAUUUGCUUCAUAGUUUAAGGAGUAUUCCAAGAUAUCUUAACUUUAUUGAGCAUACAAGUGAUCUCGAUUGGAAAGAGGAAUAUAGAGCCAAGCCUGUAAUAAUUGAUCCAGGGUUAUACAGCUUGAACAAAUCAGAUGUCUUCUUUGUUGAACCACAAAGGAGUGUGCCAACAGCAUUUAAAUUAUUCACAGGAUCCGCAUGGAUGAUGCUCUCACGGUCCUUUGUCGAGUACUUAUUGUUCGGGUGGGAUAGCCUCCCAAGGACACUCUUAAUGUACUAUGCUAAUUUUCUCUCUUCACCUGAAGGAUAUUUUCAUACUGUCGUAUGCAAUGUCCAAGAAUUUAUAAAUACUACAGUAAACCACGACCUUCAUUUUAUAGCAUGGGACAAUCCUCCAAAGCAACAUCCACACUAUCUCACGAUGGAUGAUUAUCGGGAAAUGGUCGAUAGCAAUGCCCCGUUUGCUAGAAAAUUUGGGAAGAACGAACCAGUGCUUGAUAAGAUUGAUUUCGAGCUAUUAGGGCGUAAACCUGAUGGUUUUGUUCCUGGUAGUUGGUUUGGGGAUGUUAAUGCAACUAUUUCAAACUACAUUGUAACAAACAUAACUUGGUUGCAGCCUGGAUCAGGUGCUGAAAGACUAACAAGAUUGAUAUCUGGUUUAUUGUCUGAUAAAGAUUUUGACAAAAAGCAUUGCCUUUAG